CCCUGUCCGCCCGUCCGCCCGCCUCCGGUCCCUCCUGUAGCCCGCCUGCUGGGCAGGGCCGGCCCGGCCCGGCCAUGGAGUCCUACGACAUCAUCGCCAACCAGCCCGUGGUCAUCGACAACGGUUCAGGGGUGGUCAAGGCUGGCUUUGCAGGAGACCAGAUUCCCAAAUACUGUUUCCCAAACUAUGUUGGCCGGCCUAAGCACAUGCGGGUGAUGGCUGGAGCCCUGGAGGGGGACCUCUUCAUCGGACCAAAAGCAGAGGAACACCGGGGGCUGCUGGCUAUCCGCUACCCCAUGGAGCAUGGUGUGGUACGAGACUGGAACGACAUGGAGCGCAUCUGGCAGUACGUCUACUCCAAGGAUCAGCUGCAGACCUUUUCUGAGGAGCAUCCUAUUCUUCUAACGGAGGCUCCACUCAACCCAAGUAAGAACCGUGAGAAGGCAGCAGAGGUGUUCUUUGAGACCUUCAAUGUGCCAGCCCUGUUUAUCUCCAUGCAGGCCGUGCUCAGUCUGUAUGCAACAGGACGCACGACAGGAGUGGUUUUAGAUUCAGGAGACGGGGUCACUCACGCUGUCCCCAUCUAUGAGGGCUUUGCCAUGCCACACUCCAUCAUGCGGGUGGACAUUGCCGGCCGUGAUGUUUCCCGCUAUCUCCGGCUGCUGCUGCGCAAGGAAGGGGUUGACUUUCACACCUCAGCUGAGUUUGAGGUUGUCCGGACCAUCAAAGAGCGGGCCUGCUACCUGUCCAUCAACCCGCAGAAAGAUGAGGCUUUGGAGACAGAGAAGGUGCAGUACACCUUGCCAGACGGCAGCAUGCUCGAUGUGGGACCUGCACGAUUCCGGGCUCCCGAGCUGCUCUUCCAGCCAGACCUGGUGGGGGACGAGAGCGAAGGGCUCCAUGAGGUGCUGGCCUUUGCCAUCCACAAAUCCGAUAUGGACCUGCGCCGGACACUGUUUGCCAACAUCGUGCUCUCGGGGGGCUCAACGCUUUUCAAAGGCUUUGGCGACCGAUUGCUAAGUGAAGUGAAGAAGCUUGCACCAAAGGAUGUCAAAAUCAAGAUCUCGGCCCCUCAGGAACGGCUGUACUCCACAUGGAUUGGUGGCUCCAUCCUGGCCUCACUGGACACUUUUAAGAAGAUGUGGGUGUCCAAAAAGGAGUAUGAAGAGGAUGGCGCCCGUGCUAUUCAUCGCAAAACCUUCUAGUGCCCAGGGAGGGUGGAGCCUGUUGGGAGAAUGGGAGGAAAGGGGAGCCAGAGCCCUAACCUGUUUGGGGCUGGGCUCAUAUACUAGGCUUAGGGUCCCCUGCAUGCCCUGACCCCCGGGCAGGUGGUGCAGCAGUGCUCCCCUGCAGCCAUCCCCUCUACAUACACACACACACACACACACACACACACACACACACACACACACACAGUUAACAUUUAGCUGCAUGGAUGAGAGCCUUGGGCUGGAGCAUAGGAGUUGAGAAGCCCAGUGUUGCGUCGUUCUUGGUGUCCUCCUGGGCAGGGCCAGUUAUGCCUGUGGUUCCUUGCUCUGACUCUUGGGGCUGCUUUCCCGAGCUCUCAGGGCCACAGUGCCUGGAUGCUGUGUAACUAGCCUUGGGGAGUAGGAUAGGGGAGGGGCGACCAGCAGCUCCCGCCAGUGCGUCCAUUGCCACCUCCUCCUGCUGACCCUACAGGGCAGCCUAGACCUUUCCACACUCUGUCUUCCCAUCUUCCUGGGCAGGUGCCCUAGUGUAGGGCUGAGUGCUAGGUAGUCUUCCGUCCCCAGCGAGGGGGUGUGGCCUGGGUCAUACCCUUCAGAGCCAAGACAGAGGAUGCACAGUGGUCGCAGUUGGUCACACUCUCCCCAUCAAAGCACUUCAUUUUCUUGCUGUUCCCUCUUCUUUACCCCAGAACCCUGGACAAGGAAAGGUUAAUGGUCUUCAUUUAUUAAGGGGAAGCCACUUGAUCAGGAGUCAGACCUGAAGGGGGCGGGUGUCCUUGUCUCACCUCCCCAAGAAAGAGGUCGUCACUUUGGCUAUGGCCAGGGCCCCACCUCCCUCUCCCAGAUAUGUACAAUAAUUUAACACAGUUGCCUGAAAAACUUUUUUUGUAAAUCAUUAUAGUAAUAAUUAUGGACAAGGC